AUGUCUUCCUUGACGCCACGUCGCACUCGCAAAGCUCAACUCGCAUCUUCUGGCCUAGGAUCUCACUUUGUAAGCCCAAGGAAGGCUCGAGACAAACGGAAAACUCAAACAUAUGUUGAGCUUCCUGGCGCAGAGACUAAGCGCCGCCGACUUUUGGACGCAAUGGAACGACUUUUGAAGCCGCAACACGAGGAAUCACACCCACAGUUGUUGGCACAAGCACCACCAUCUGAUACUGUGACUACGGAACACAUGGAUACUGACAAUCUUGUUCCAUCUCUUGAGAUCUCAGUAUCGCCUGUCAAACGGCGGAUUGUGCCCGACAAAUCCACCAAUUCACUCUACAAAAACUGGAUUGCACUCAUACCAACCCUUGUUGAUCCAGUACUCCAGUACUUCAGACGAACGCAGGGCAAAGCACUGGAAAAUAUACAUCCAGUCAUAUCUGCAUGUGGGAAGCCUUCGUGUACACCGAAACGGACGACAAUGAUGUGUUUAUUCUUCGACCGGUUCACAUCUAUAGAUGUACUAAGUUGUACCUGCUCCACUCUCCAGCAAGUCCUCGUUCACCAUGGUCUAUUUCCGACCGCGCCUUCACAGCCUCGAAUGGCUGUAUCUGUUGACCUGCUCUCAUUCUACCGCGCAUUGUUUGAGCGCUCAUGUGACGCGAUUAACGCUCUCGCAUCAGCGCUCAAAAAUCACUACUCCCGGCGGGGUUACCAGAUGACUGACGCCCAGGUCACUACUGAUUCAUCCCAGGGCGAAGUUAUACAGGACCCAUUCCGACGAGGCCUCGGCUAUGCCGUGCAAUGGUACGACAUCCUGCAAGUUGAAGUUGAGCGCCAAGUUGAGACGGUCGUUCAACAACACCGUGAUCGUAUAGCAGAGUUUCAAGCAUCCUCUCGAGUCUCGAAUUCACCUUUGCCCACUCAAUGCGCACCCCUUCUAGUGCAACGGUGUCCUGCUUGCUUUGCAGGUAUUCUUCAUGGUAGAUCUACAGAUGAGGGAGGUGACAUUCAUGUCGCAAUGGACGGUAAUUUCCAUCACCGUCAUCGACGUGCUGCUGGAGACUGUCCAAAGUUCUAUGACCCUACUUAUUUUCUCCCGAAAACCUUUGUUGACACGAUUGGGCGCCAUAUUGACACUCAACGUAAGCGACCAGUGAGGUCUCACGUUCCCCUUGUCCCUGAUGAAGCCGUUGACCAAUGCGAGAAUGCUUACGAGGCUGCUGACGGCAAAAAACAGAAAGCGGCAAUGGAUAGCUUCGACGACACUGGAAUCAUGGCCCUUAUCUGUCGUCACGACAUCCCUUUAUUUUUUGCCAACAUAGACUCACCUGGAGAACAGCAAAAGUAUUCGGUAGCCUUACUUCAGCACUUCUUUUCACUUCUCCCCCCCGAAGCUACUGUCGUAGCUCUUUAUGAUGUCGGCUGUGUUUUGGCACGAACACUCUCCAAGCUCGUAUAUAACCCACGAAUAUGUGUGGGUCUUGGCUUAUCUGAUGGUGAAGGGACCGAACGCCUCUGGUCUCGCUUAGUUCGAUUGAUAGGUGUUGAGCGCACUUCUAGUCGCCAACGCCGUUUAUGGUUGAUUGAUCGGCAAGCAGUGGCUAUAGCUUCGGAGAUGCGAACUGAUCUAGGCGACUGGAUCAAACGACGCCUCAGACGGGGCAUCAAGGGGCAAGGUUCAGCAGCCCAAGACGCACUAGAUCAAUGUGAGGUCUCCAUUGAAGAAUUGCAAGCCGAGUGGUCGCAGCAAAGGCAAUCUCAGUUAUCUAUCCGUGCUCAUGCACCCGCCUGCCUCAAGAAGGAGUUGGACACAGUCUUAGCUCUCCCAGGCAGAUCUGGACGCCUCAGACAAAGCAUUGCAAACCACCAGGACGAUCUUCAUGGCAUCAAUCUCGAAUUUGUUCGCAUCCUUCUCAUGGCACGCGAUCUCAAAAUGAACUGGGAUAAAUUAGAUCGAGCAGUCGGUGGCGCUCAGCAAGCGUUAGGCACCAAGCUGCAUCAACAGACACGUAAAGCAAUUUCCAAGCGUCAGCCCGCACUAAUGACCGCUAUCAGGAAAUUUAACUCCUACUGUGAGCGGCUUGAUUCAUUGUAUGAUACAUCCUGGGGGAUUCCACUGCCCGCACCCCUUCCCACCAAACUUGCAGAACUACGUUCUGACCCAGGACUGAUGGAGGAUGUGUGGAUUACACCGUCUCAUGGAGAGGUUCCGCGGUGGUUAGACGACACAUCUACAAGAGAUGGCAUUCGUGCACUUCUCAAGCGUGAUCGGUGUCGAGAGGAGCAGGUUCGGCUAGGUGUUGAGGCCGAUAACCUGUGCCGCUUCUUCGGAAAUGAGUUGGGGGCACUUGAACUUGCCCUUCGGUCGCCAAACAGUGAACCAUUCGCAGUUCUAUUGCAACAACGGCAUGCCAAUUUUAUCUGCCUUCAAACACGAUGGUCAAAUUGCUUGGCUUCUUCGGUACGCUUUACUAAUGAAGUCAGCAAGGCAGUAGCCAUUGCGACCACCCUCUCGGGAGGCUCACCAAACAUGGCACUUCAUUGGAUUAAUGCCAGCAUGCUGGUAGUGUCUGAUUCUGAAGGUUGUGAUGAACUCCCUAUCGUCGAUCCUGACCAUUGCCCCCAAGUCGACUCUGAACAAGCAGCUCUGGCCGAUGUCCUGGAGGGUGAGAUGGGGGCAAUUGAGUUAGAUGACGAUGACUCAACAAAUUACGGGCGCGAUGCUAAUGCUGUGAUUUGCUGGAACCUUCCUGAGAAUCUCCUUGUGGAUGACUUCUGCGUCCCAUCGCAAGAGCCAGGUGUCCUCGACCCUGCUAAAAUUUUCGCGCGAAUACGACCUUCGCAUGACGGAAUCCCUCGUCUAGAGUUUGAUCCAAAAGAAAUCGGUAUACUCAGUUCUCCUACUGCAUGCCUCAAUGAUACAUGCAUUAACAACUGCGCCAUUCUCCUGUGGUGCUCUCAACUGAACACCUCCGCUGCACGGUGUGCGAUACUCUCCACUCACGAUCUUCCCCGCAUUCGUUACAAUGCCCCAGACGACAACAUCUGGCGCCAUACAAUGUGGAUUCGUUAUUGGGAAAAAGACAUAUGGGUUCUUCCGAUUCAUCGUCCAUCAGGGAUUGGACACUGGGUGAUGUGCGUCAUCCAGUUGUCGACCAAAGAACUUUACUUGUUUGACAGCAUGGGCGACAGGACCCCUUGGCAAAGUGACGUCAAAGUGAGAUUAAUUUUUUAA